UACAAUUAUAAAUCUAUAGCUGGUGCAGUCAUUACCGAAAAGAACGUUUUUGACAUUUUAUUCGCAGAAUGAUUUGCAAAUCAUUAUGCAUUUUGCUUUGUUUAUUGAAUGCAUUUCACGAAAUUUAUGGAAAAUCCACCGAUGGUUUGCCAUUGAAAGUGGACAAUUUGGAGGUAAAAUUGGAAAUUCUGGAGGACAUUGUGUUCCGGUUGAUAUCAGAAAAUGACGACUUGAAAGAUAGAGUUCAAUAUUUGGAGAAGAUGGUGAAAAACUGCGACAAGUGUGAAAAUGAAAAAAUAAAGUCGUCAGAUGAUGAGGGAUAUAAUCAUACGUUGCCUAAAAUCGAUGGAGGAAUUGCUAAAUCUGGAAAGGAGGAAAUAGAAGAAAUCAAGCCAAACUCCGUGAAGAAAGAGGAUAGCAUUCCGGAAAAGCGAAAAGAAUUCAUACAGCCGUUCCGAAGGCAAGCACAAGAUUUGGAGAGAAAAGUGGAACAAAGAUCGCAGUCGGAUGUGAUAGCAUUCCAUGCUUAUCUAUCCACUGACAGUUCUGGCCCUCUACCCGCCCACCAUAUCCUUAAGUUUGAUACGGUUUCGUUGAACAGGGGAAACGGGUACAACGCCUUCGAUGGGAUUUUCAUCGUGCCUGUGUCGGGUACCUACGUCUUUACCUGGGCAUUCAUGUCCGAGCCGAGGGGUACAGUGAGUACACAAUUAAUGAGGAACUCAGACAUCCUUGGAACAAGAUUCGCUGACUCUGCCACCUCCACGGUGUGGGACUUUGCUACCGGAAUUGUCGUGGCGGAUGUCGAUCAAGGCGACCAUAUAUAUGUUCAGUUGCGGUUAAACUCGCAUGGAAAAGUAUUGAGUAUACCCCAUAGUAGAAACACUUUUUCAGGAUGGCUUUUGAAUUGAUAUUUAGCAUUAUGAAAUUAUAGUCCUAGAAGUAAAAAAUUCUUUGCAGCGAUAGUGUUCUAUUUAAUGUAUGAAUACAGAGUGAAAUGUCUUGAAUUUAAGGAGCGUAACUCUAUUGUGAAAUUUCAAUUUAAAAGAUCGACCCAGGUUUCUCUCUGAUGAAGGCAAAUCGGACUCUUUGUAGAUGUCGAUUUAUUGUUUUGCAGCAUUGGGUCAAAAUGCAAUAAAUUUCUUCUUUUCUUUC